AUUGGAGCAAGAAAAUUAGGUAACUCUUAACUAAAAUCCUUAACUAAAAUUUAAUACUUAAAUAGUCAUUAAAAAAUCUAAUGGGUUUCUAGAAACCUAAAUACUUAAAUAGAUAUUAAGAGCCGAUUCUUAUUUUUUUUAGUUAAAAGUUAAGAGACGGAUUUUUAUAUUCCGAUAAAAAACCCAUCCAAGAACCCCCAAUAAUUAUCCUCUAAGCUCAGAACUGAUUAACUGACAGGAACAAAACAACAGGAAAAACAUUCUUAAAAGUGUCUAUAAAAACUAAGUCGGAUUUAUUUGGUUUAAUUGACGAAUGCUUUGCAACUUUUUUAGUUAGUCGCCUCUCUUAUAUUACAUAAGCUGACCCUCGGGUAACUUCGAUGACCAAACUUUUCAAUAAACCAUUUAAUUUUAUUAACACGAACAAUUAUCCAUUAAGAAUAAAUGAAGAUGACCCGAUGAGUGAAAGGAAAAGCCUAGGAAAUUACAGCCUCGUUGUCCGCCAGGAAAUAUUUUAGAGGGUUACAUCAAUUAGAGGGACACCUCCAAAUUUCAAUAAUUACCAUUACACCUAAUGACACUUGAUUAAUGCUCACUUCAUCAAGAAAUAAUCUAAUGUGUGUUUGCUAAUCCUAGAACAUAUUAUUCACCAGUUCAAACUCCCCUAUAUAUAUAGACACUGCUCCCAUACGAUCCACCACGAGCUAGCUCUCUCUCACUGAUCUCUCCCUCUCUAUCUUUCUUCCCUUCUCGUGUGUGUAAACAUGGGAGCUCUAAAUUUUCUCUCUGACUAUCUCUCUGAUCAUUUCUAUGUCUCAAUAAGAAAAAGGAAGAAGCGUAAAAUCAUGCAGACGGUGAAUAUAAAGGUGAAGAUAGACUGUGACGGAUGCGAACGCAAAAUCAAGAACGCAGUUUCCUCCAUGAAAGGAGCAAAAUCUGUGGAAGUGAAUAGAAAGAUGCACAAAGUGACGGUGAGUGGUUACGUGGAUCCGAAAAAAGUGUUGAAGAAAGUGCAGAGCACUGGGAAGAAGAAAGCUGAGCUAUGGCCGUACGUUCCAUAUACGAUGGUGGCGUAUCCAUACGCAGCUGGAGCUUACGACAAAAGGGCCCCACCAGGUUUUGUGAGGAAGUCGGAGCAGGCUCAGGCGCAGCCAGGAGGUACAGACGAUAAGCUCAUGUCCCUUUUCAGCGACGAGAACCCUAACGCCUGCACCAUCAUGUGAAUAAGUUUAGCGCAUGACGUGAUAACUGGUGUAACGUCUUAUAAAUUUAGAUGUUGGAACCUGUUUUGUUAGUGUAUAGAAUCAGAAGCAAAGAAACUUAUAAUAGUACACCAAUACCAUGUAAUAGAUAUGUAUCAGUUUCAUAUUAUGCGUUUACUUGCAAGCAGUGGUUUAUAUUCGUGUAUACAGUUUUACUUGUAUUUUAAUGAAUAACUAGAUCUCGAUCCGAGCAACCACGCGGGUUUUUGUUUUCA